CAGAACUGUCAGGAGAUAAUUCAAAUAAAAAUAAAAAAAAUCAGGGAACUAACGUAACACUGAAAGCACAGAAGCAUAAAGAUGAACUACACAAACCAAAUGGAGGACAGUAACCUCUCCUGCUACAGCUCCUCGGUGGUGGAGUACCAGUACUUUGCAGUGGUGUGGGGCUGUUUUGUGAUCAUCACUGGAACUGUGGGGAACCUGAUGACCAUCCUGGCCUUCGCCCUGGACUCCCGUCUCCAGACUCGCUUCAACGUGCUCAUUGUUAACCUGGCGGUGACUGACCUUCUCUACUGCACCAUCCUGCAACCCAUGGGUGUAUACGCCUACCUGCACCUCAGAUGGCGUACCAGUCGGGUCUGGUGCCAGAUCUAUGCGUUACUUAUCUUCCUCACCAACUCCGUCUCCAUAAUCACCCUCUGCCUGGUGGCGGUGAGCCGAUACCUCCUGGUUGCUAAAAGAGCCGUUUUCAACCGCGUGUUUUCCAACCUUGGACUUACUUUACUUGUGGUCUCAGCUUGGGGUCUGGGUCUGGCCAGCUUUGCCCCGCUCUGGUCUGUUUACAUGUUUGUGCCUCAGGUGUGCACCUGCAGCUUCCAUCGUACCAAAGGCCGCCCCUACUCCACCAUCAUACUUUUCUUCUAUUUCUUCAUCGGUCUAGGAUGUAUUGGAGUCUUCUACAUGCUCAUCUACAGAAAAGUCAGGGUUGCAUCAAAAGCUCUGCUCCGCUACAGGCUGAGUAUAAGCUCUUCUAGGAAGAAAUCUGCUUCUUCAGCUCAAGGGACGGACGAUAGCGGAGUGGAAAGUGGUGUGGGGAAGACAUGUAGCUCAGAGAUUAGCAGCCAAGCAGAACCAGACCAAAGCACACAUGAUAUCGAAAAGGCUAUCCUCCCACCUCAGAGCUCAGCUCCACCCUUAAAGUCAUCAGACGACAAGCUAGAGACCCAAAGCGCUGCUCCUGCUUCACAGUCUCCGACUCCAGGUGAUAACGAAUUCAACCGUGUGACCCGCAUGUGUUUUGCUGUGUUUCUCUGCUUUUUGUGCUCCUUUGCCCCAUAUUUGCUACUAAACAUAGUGGACAAAGGAAACCGCGCCCCGCAGGUGUUGCACAUGUUCUUUGGCAACCUCACCUGGAUCAACAGCUUCAUUAACCCUAUUCUGUAUGCGCUCAUGAACAGACAGUUUCGGCAGGCCUACAGCGAGCUGCUCAGCCGAGCUGCUGCUCCUUUCAUCCGCCUCUGCAGCUGGCGCCAAACUUACACAGUCUGAUUUCAUAAAAUCUACUUCGACUGA